UCUCUCUCUCUCGAUCUCUCUAGGUCGCACUGUUCAGCUUGUGAAUUCUCUCCGGCGUCGCUGUUUGGCUCCUCGGACGGUUAUGAUUCUUUCUCGAAAGAUUGCUGUUUUGGGGAGCGGAAUGCUCAAGCAUUUGUAGUCGAAUUAGGGAUAGCUGAGCCGGACGUAUUCGUGGAAGUGAAUAUGAAAUGUGCGCAGAGACGGCGGAUUCUAACUUGCAAAAACUGACCCGUUUGUGCAAAUCUCUUCUCUGUUUUGAGCAGAGUGAGUCAAAUCCCAUGCCAAAUGCUAUACUCCAUUCAUACAUCAUACAUACGCACUACCUGCAAGAGAUAUAAACCCGUGUGCAUGAAUCGUCGCUUCUUCGAACGGAAACGAAAACCUGAUUUCGUCGCGGGGUAUGAGUACUGAUAAUUUCAAUUUCAUCAUAUGGCAACACCCGGAAUUGCUUACUUGUUGUUAAGUUAAAAGAAGCUCCCUUUACCGAUUCUGCGACUCUAUUCCGAGCAGAAGACAGGUAUAAAAUAAAGGGUCAUGUUCGGGACAGCGAUUAGGCUUUUCGCGACGAAGCCGAAACCGAAGAUGAAGCCGAUUGAGCUCAAGAUGCCUCCAGAACAGACGCAGACCAUCACCAGGGUCAUCUUCGACAUAUUGAAGGAGCACGGUCCUCUCACGAUCGCAGGCACCUGGGAGCGCGUUCAAGAAGUUGGUUUGAGAGGACUGACUAGCAAAAGGCACAUGAAAAUAGUGUUGAGAUGGAUGAGAGAGAGACAAAAGGUGCGGCUCAUAUGCAACCAUGUUGGUCCGAAUAAGCAAUUUCUCUACACAACUUGGUUCACAAAAGUGCGACAAGAAACGGAUAGAACAAUGAAUGCUAGUUCAAAACCUGAACAUCCAUGACUUGUUGCAGGUAGGCCUAUUGUAAAUGUAGAAAGCACACACAAAGAUGUGUAGCUUUGACUUUUGAGACAUCAUUGUAUUUUAGCCCUUCUUUCUAGUUCAGUUUUUGCUUGUUAGAAGAACCGUACUUGCGUUUGCGAGAUUGUGUAAAUAAAGUUUAAUGUUAUUGUA